AUGAGUACUAAAAAUGGUAAAUUAGAAAAACUUAAAAAGUUACAAGCCCUUCGUAAUGCGAAGAAUUCCCAAAAUCAACACAGUAAUGAUGAUAUUAAUGAUAAUAAAAUAUAUGAUGAAAUUGAUGAAAUCGAAUAUAGAAAUAGGAAACGUCAAGAGCUAUUACACGAUGAUUUUGUUAUUGAUGACGAUGGCAAAGGUUAUGUUGAUCGUGGCAUUGAAGACGAGGAAAAUGGGUAUUACAGCGAUGAAUUGAGUGAAGAAGAUGAUGAGACUAACAAUAACUUAAAUAAGAAAAAUUCCAAGUCAAAGAAAAAUUCAAACCAAACUCAAAUUAGUGAUAUGCUACGAGCACAUCAUUCUAAAAAAAAUGUAUCAAAUCAGUUAAACAACCAAACAAACAAAAGAAAGGUAAAUUUGGAUGAAUUUGAUGACAUCUUGGGUGAUUUUGAAGCGGACACUUCUUCAAUUGCAAUUAAAAAACCCUUUACUAAUAAGUUAGUCAAACAUAAUUUAUUGCCAUCUGAAAAAUAUCAACCUAAUUUAAAAAGAUCUAUAGAUAUAGAUGAUAUUUCAACUAAAAAGCAAAAAACAAUCAUAACGGUCGAUAGUAGCAACUCUAUACAAAUAGACUCUUCCCCAUUAAAUUCUCAGAGAACAAAACAAAAAAAACAGCCUUCCUUACAAGAUGCAAGCGAUGAUGAUUAUGAUGAUAAUAAUGAUGUCAAUAUGCAUAGCGAAGAGUUUGCUUCUAUUAUUGAAAAUUCACCCACAUUAAAUAGAAAGGCAUCUCGUCAAAUAUCACAAGAUGAACAUAACAAUACAUCAAAAGCUAAAGAUGAAUCUGAUGAUGAUGACGAAGAUAUUUUAUUUGGUAGGCGUACAAUUAGAAGUGUGACUACAUCUAGACAAAUAAAUCUAGAUUCAAAAAGUAACCCUGCUUCUUCUCCAUUUGUAACUGCACCAGGUACCCCUUCAGCUACCCAAUCAAUCAAUAUCAAAUCUUCUCCUUUAAAACCAAAAUCUUACAUUAAGCCUGAUCAUUUUCAAACAUCUACCAAAAAAUAUUCAAAAGAAAAUGUUAUUAAAUCUGAUUCAGAUUCCUUCCACAUGUUUUGGAUGGAUUUCUGCGAAGUUGAUAACUCAUUGAUAUUAUUUGGUAAAGUGAAGACCCAUGAUGGUACCCUAGUAUCGGCAAUGCUUCAAAUUAACAAUUUAAAUAGAGAAUUAUUUUUCCUUCCAAGGGAAGGCAAGACUCCCGAGGAUGUACAUGAAGAAAUCAUUCCCCUGUUAAUGGAUAAAUAUGGUCUUGAUACCAUUAGAGCAAAACCUGAGAGAAAAAAAUACUGUUUUGAAAUUCCUGAUAUUCCAACUGAGACUUAUUACUUAAAGGUUUUAUUGCCAUAUAAACCUCCAAAGAGUAGUAAUGAUUUGAUACCAGCAGAGCUUUCUAGUGAUACGUUUUACCACGUUUUUGGAGGAAAUACCAAUAUUUUUGAAAGUUUUGUUAUUCAGAAUAAAGUUAUGGGACCAUGUUGGUUGAAGGUUAAAAACGGUGAUUUUAAUGCUUUACAAAACGCUUCUCAUUGUCAACUGGAAAUAGUAGUCAAUAAUCCAAAAGAUAUAGUACCAAUUGAUUUAAAAGACAUGAUUGAUUUAGACUGUGUUUCACUGUCAUUACAAACUGUAUUAAAUGCUAAAGCCAAUAAGCAAGAAAUCGUUUCAAUUACCCUUUCAACUUAUAAAAAUAUAGCAAUUGAUUCUCCUAUCCCGGAAGAUAUUGUUCCAAAUGAUACUGUUACUCUUAUAAGGCCUCCUGUAGGAUCUAGUUUCCCAUUAGGACUUGCAACUUUGGGAAAAGAAAAACUUCAAAGCCAGUUACGUUUAUUUAAUAAUGAGAAAACCAUGUUAAUGUGUUUUGCUGCCAUGAUGAAGGUUUUGGAUCCAGAUGUAAUUAUUGGUCAUCGCUUAGAAACAUUAACACUUGACGUUCUAUCACAUAGAUUGAACGAUUUAAAGGUACCAACAUUUAGCUCUCUUGGUAGGCGUGUGAGAAAAGACUGGCCUCCUCGUUUUGGUAAAAAUAAUGGUGGUAUGAAUAGUUUCUUGGUUCGGGAUAUUUGCUCAGGAAGACUACUAUGUGAUAUCUCUAAUGAAAUGGGCCAAUCAUUAACCCCAAAAUGUCAAAGUUGGGAUUUAGCUGAAAUGUAUAAUAUUACUUGCGGUAGACAACAUAAAUCCUUAGACAUAAAUUAUCAAAAUAAACAAUAUCAAGAAGAUGUGAACAGUAUGCUUAUGGCGAUCCAAGAAAAUAUAACUAAUUCGAUCUUAGCAUCAGAGGUUUCGUUUAGAAUUCAGCUUCUUUCCCUGACUAAACAACUAACGACCUUAGCAGGUAAUGCAUGGUCUCAGACUCUUGGUGGUACAAGAGCUGGUAGAAACGAAUACAUUUUAUUGCAUGAAUUUUCUCGUAAUAACUACAUAUUACCAGAUAAAGAAAGUAAUAGACAAAAAGCUCAAAGAAGACAACAAAUUGCAGACACAGAAGGAGACUCAAAUUUACCACCAGUCUCGAAUAAAAAGGCAAAAUAUCAAGGUGGUCUGGUUUUUGAACCAGAAAAGGGACUUCAUAAGAAUUAUAUUUUAGUUAUGGAUUUCAAUUCACUAUAUCCAUCUAUCAUUCAGGAAUUUAAUAUAUGUUUUACAACGGUAGAUAGGAAUUUAAAUGAUAUUGAUGAAUUGCCUGAGGUACCCGCGUCAAAUAAAGCACAGGGUGUUUUACCAAGAUUAUUAGCUACUUUGGUCCAACGUCGUAGAGAAGUUAAAAAGGUGAUGGCUUCAGAAACAGAUUUACACAAGAAGGUUCAAUGUGAUAUAAGACAACAGGCUUUAAAGCUAACUGCAAAUUCUAUGUAUGGUUGCUUAGGUUACAACAAUAGUAGAUUUUACGCAAAACCUUUGGCAAUGCUGACCACAAAUAAAGGUAGAGAAAUCUUGAUGAAUACCAGACAGCUGGCUGAGAGUUUAGAAUUAGCUGUUGUAUAUGGUGAUACAGAUUCUGUCAUGAUUGAUACAGGGUGUGAUAAUUAUAAUAAUGCUAUUAAGAUAGGUCAAGAUUUCAAGAAGUUAGUUAAUGAGCGUUAUCGUUUGUUAGAAAUCGAUAUUGAUAACGUCUUCAAGAAGUUAUUACUGCAUGCAAAGAAAAAAUAUGCGGCAUUAAAUGUUAUCAUUGAUAAACAAGGAAACGAAUCAACUACCCUAGAAGUCAAAGGUUUAGACAUGAAGCGUCGUGAGUACUGUCCGUUAUCAAAAGAGGUAUCUAUCCACGUUUUAAAUACAGUUUUAUCUGAUAAGGAUUCAGAAACUGCAUUAAGUGAAAUUUAUGAAUAUUUAGAACGUACUAGAAACAACGUUGAAAACAAUGAUAUCAGAAUCGAUAAAUAUAAAAUUAAUACGAAGCUAUCAAAAGAUCCGAACUCUUAUCCAAAUAAGAAAACGAUGCCAGCUGUCCAAGUUGCUUUGAAGAUGAGAAAAGCUGGUAGAGUUGUAAAAGCAGGCUCUGUUAUAACAUUUAUUAUAACCAAAGGAAAUAGCGAUGAAAGCGAACAGGACUCCCAUUAUGCUGAUAGGGCCUAUGCCUUAAACGAAGUAAUGAACAAAUCCAAUAACCUGGUUCCAGACCCGACGUAUUAUUUAGAAAAACAGAUAUUUUCUCCAGUAGAAAGAUUAUUGGAAAAUAUUGAGAGUUUUGAUAUAGUAAGAUUGAGCACAUCAUUAGGCUUAGAUAGUAAGAAAUUUUUGAGAAGGCCUGCGGAUUCUUUGUCUGGUAAUGGAAUAGAUACAUUACAACCAUUAGAAACUACAGUUGCAGAUAUCGAACGAUUUAAGGAUUCAUCUGCUCUAGAAUUAACUUGUCCAAAUUGUGCAAAUAAGUUUUUAUUUGGAGGUAUCAUUGCAUCAAAUUUUUAUACAAUGUGCUAUAAUGGUUUACAAUGUAAAAAUUGUGAACAUAUUUUCUCACCACUCCAAAUAACCUCACAACUAGAAAGAUGCAUUAGAUCUCAUAUUUCUUUAUAUUAUGCAGGUUGGUUAGUGUGCGAUGAUAAAACUUGUGGUACUGUGACAAGACAAAUAUCUGUAUUUGGGAAACGUUGCUUAAGUGAUGGUUGUACUGGUGUUAUGCGUUACAAAUAUUCAGACAAAAAACUUUAUAACCAAUUACUCUAUUUCGAUUCUUUAUUUGACUGUGAAAAAAACAAGAAUCAGUUACUGAAACCAUUAUAUCAUUCCGGUGACAUUGACUACCCAAUUAGUAGUCUGAAUGAAUCGUCAAUCAAGGUUUUAAGUGAGCAGAAUAGGGACCUAUUUGAAACAAAUCGUAGUGUUGUACAAAAGUAUCUGAGUGACUGUGCCCGUCGUUAUGUUGAUUUAGGAUCUAUAUUCGAAUUUAUGCGUGAAUAA